AUGCUGGAUGCUGAGACAUGCAAGGGAGUGCGGUCUGCAUCCUAUGUGGCCAGUUACUUCGAUCCUGAGAAAUGUCAAUGCUCAGAUGUAUUUGUACUGAGAUAUUCACAUAAAUUGAUGCAGUUGUAUCACCCUCGAGGCAUCCUCAUCCUCCGCAUGAAACUUUCCCCCAGCCUCCAAGCUCGCUACUCACUGGAUGUGCAGCGGGAGGCGAAAGUCGGCGUUUCGGGGCAGGCGAUGUCCGAUGGCUACAGAGGUGUAACUCUACGAUCUAUCCUCAAGAACUAUUCUGUGCUACUCAACAUGAUAUUCCAUGGUCUGGUGCUGGCGUCGUGGCUGCAGAGACAAAACGUGGGGCUGCGGAUAAUCGAUAAGGGCGAGUUUAGGGCUUCCAAUUCACGCGCCAUCGUCAUGCACGCUCGCUCCCUUGAGCUGUACCAAAAACUGGGCCUGGCUGACGAGGUGAUUGCUGGCGGCAAGCAGAUGAUAGCCGCAAACCUUUGGAUCCAGGGGAAACAUAGAGUGCGAUUACCGAUUGGCGAUAUCGGAAAGGGCGUCACACCUUACCCAUUCGUCCACGUCUACCCACAGGACCGACAUGAAAAGCUGCUGGAGGAAAAGCUGGCGGAAGCUGGCAUCACGGUCGAGCGGAAUAGGGAGCUAGUAAAUUUCAAAGACCAUGGCGACCAUGUCUCGUUCACCGUCCUUCACAAUGAUACACAGGAGCGGGAGGAGAAUUGUGAGGCACAGUACAUCAUCGGCUGCGACGGUGCAUCGUCGACUGUGCGAAAUGGGCUCAGUGAUAUACACUUCCCAGGUGGGACUUAUCAGUCCCGAUUCUACGUUGCGGACAUCGAGGCCAGCGGACCUGCCAUCAACGGAGAGGUCCAUGUCAGUCUCCAUUCCUCCGACUUCCUCCUCAUCUUCGCAUACAACGACAGUUCGCGCGUGCGAGUAGUUGGUAUGGUGGAUAAAAAACCCGAUGUCCCUCCGGAAACACUGGCAUUUGAAGACGUAUUGGGUACCGCUAUAGACAGCUUGAAAAUCAAAGUAGAGAAAGUCGACUGGUUCUCAACAUAUCGCGUCCACCAUAGGGUGGCGAGCAAAUUUCGGAGUGGCAGAGCGUUUCUCGUGGGUGAUGCGGGGCAUAUUCACAGCCCCGCAGGCGGGCAGGGAAUGAACACCGGAAUCGGCGAUGCGGUCAAUUUGGCUUGGAAAUUGGCGGCGGUAUUGCAAGGCCACGCCGAUCCAUCACUGCUGGAUAGCUUCGAGGAAGAGAGGAUUCCAUUUGCGCGAGCGUUGAUACAGAGGACGGAUCAAGCUUUCUCCAUCGCAACAUCUGGGGGUUUUCUUGCAGAUAUCGCGCGCUCUUAUAUCGUACCCUGGAUCCUCCCCGUGGCUAUGCGAAUACCAGGAGCUACGGAUUAUGCCUUUCGCAUACUUUCGCAAACGCACAUAACCUACCGCGGAACGUCAUGUGUCGGAGGCGUCGCGGGCCAGGUGCACGGCGGGGACCGGCUCCCUUAUACAACCGCCAUUGGGUUAGAUAACUAUGAAGCACUAUCACAAAUCGCGUGGCAAGUUCAUGUUUACGGAACCCCCAAGGAGGAGAUGAUAGCAUGGUGCAGAGACAAGGACGUUGCACUGCAUGCUUUCGACUGGACAGAAGACUGUAAAGGAGUGGGAUUCGCUCGAGACGCUGCAUAUCUAUUGCGGCCUGAUAGUCAUGUUGCGUUUGCGAACUUGUCCGGCAUGCCAGCACAAUUUGAGGAGUAUCUCGGAGCUUGUGGAAUCCGCAAAUUGUCAACAUGA